AUCCUUUUCCCUCAUUUGUUAACCAUGAGUAAUUUCGCGCUCAAGUCGAAAGAAAACCGAGUACAGAGACCGCGACCACCUCAAGUAACCACCGUUACAUCAAACACGUCGUCUGCAUCUUGUCGCUCAGUGGGUUUCGGGACGACCACAACCACCACUACAACUGCAAAACCAAGUGGUGCACAAUACCGCCGAUCAGUGUCUACAGCUAUUGGCAAGACACCAGAUCUAUUAAAUCCGCCAAAGUUUGGUGGUCAACAGUUGUCCAAUCGCAGUUGCAAGCCAGACAUCACUAAGAAUCUGCCUGCCAAAACCAUACCAAAACCACCAUCACAGCCAUGUCAACCUGCUGCUCAGACAAAGGUUCCUUCCAAAGAAGUAUUUAAAGUUCCAACUGUUGCCAAUAUACCUAAAAAAGCUACACAAGUAGCCAAACCACCUACAACAGUUAAUCAACUCCAGAAUAAUAUGAAAGCAGCCAGUCUAGAUGAAAAACCUUCUACUGAUCAAGAAAAUAAUAAAAAUAUGGGUCUAUCAAAUAAAAAAGACGAAAUGAAAUGGACUUUGGAUAAUUUUGAUAUUGGAAAAGCAUUGGGGAAAGGAAAAUUUGGAAAUGUGUAUCUUGCCAGAGAAAAGAGCUCUGGGUUUAUUGUUGCUCUUAAAGUUUUAUUUAAAACGCAAAUAUUAAAAGCAAAUGUUGAGCAUCAGCUUAAGAGAGAAAUUGAAAUUCAAACUCAUUUAAGACACCCUAAUAUUGUACGCAUGUUUGGAUAUUUCCAUGAUGAUGCUAGAGUAUAUAUGAUCCUAGAAUAUGCACCCAAACAACUUUAUAAAGAAUUACAAGCUCAAGAAAAUCAACGUUUCUCUGAAGUCAAGGCAGCAUUGUAUAUUAAACAAUUAACAGAAGCAUUGAUUUAUUGUCAUGAUAAAAAUAUUAUACAUCGUGAUAUAAAACCAGAGAAUCUUUUACUUACUAAAGGAGGUGACUUGAAGAUAGCUGAUUUCGGGUGGUCUGUACAUACACGUGAUUCCAAACGUAUGACAUUAUGUGGAACCUUAGAUUAUUUACCACCAGAAAUGGUUAGCGGUAGCUCUCAUGACAAAUCUGUCGAUGUAUGGAGUGUAGGUGUCCUAUUAUACGAGAUUUUAGUUGGUAAACCACCCUUUGAAGCUCCAACAUAUGAAGAAACAUAUAAAAGAAUAUUAAAUGCUCAAUAUAUUUUCCCUCAACAUGUUGCUCCACUUGCUAGAGAUCUCAUUUCACGUUUAUUAAGAGUAAGACCAGAGGCUCGUUUACCUCUCCAAGAGCUGUUAUUACAUGACUGGAUAAAAAUACACACAAAUCUCUAAAAGUAACAAACAUUUUAAGAUUUCAAUUUUAUGAAAUCUGAUUUUUUUUAUGUAUAACUAUUAAAAAAAUUGAAUUAGACUUUUUUUAUAAAUUAAAUUUCUCUAUUUUACUUGUGAUAGUGUCAAUUUGAUAAAGUGUAAAAAAUAAAAUAAUUG